AUGUUUAUUGACAUACCUUUAAAUGUUAAAAAAUUAACGUAAUUAAUCCUGGACUGUUCUAUGGUAUUUUACUUGUUUUGAGGCUCUAAGCUUUGUUUCUUUUUGGCCUUCAUAGAAUGUGGAUAUUGUAGUUUCCCCCUGCCGUAGCUCCCAGGCAGUAUCCAUGACACUAGAGGACUAUGUUGACCACGUUCAGUCAAUUGUUGUAUAUGCAGUAAGCGAGGAAAGAUUGUCCCAGCAAGAUAAGGAAGAACUAACUGAGAUAAAAGAGAAAUACAAACUUCCAGUCUUUUUUAUCCGGACAUCAUCAUCAAACGACAGAAUGAUUGGGGGAUCUGAAGGGUUACGCUCCGCAUUAUAUGAACAGCUGAUGGAACUGGGAUAUCUGAAAAGGGGUUUAUGUAACUGUGGAGCUGCAGGAUCAGGCAGCACAGCCCCCAGUAUGCUAAUGGAGCAGUUUGAGAAGAUACGGCAACUAAGUACCUUUUCAAGGCAAGUGCUACAGAUGCACCUAGUAGAUGCUGCAAUAGUUCUUAACAUGGUUCAUAGCCGAUGUUUGGACUUGUUCAUCAAUAAAGCUUUUGACAUGCAUAGAGAUCUUCAGAUAACACCAAAGCGACUGGAGUACACAAGGCAGAAAGAAAAUGAGUUGUAUGAAUCACUAAUGCGAAUCUCUGACCGUAAGCAAGAGGAACUGAAAGACAUGAUUGUGGACACCCUAAACAGCAUAAGAGAGCAGCUUCUUGAGGAUGCAGCGAAUAUGCAGUUCAAAGACAUUGCAAUACCACAAAAUGGAGAGCCUGUUAGUGCACAAGAAGUUAAAUGCUGCAUCUUUCAAAUUAAGGAAUUGAUUAUUUCAAGGCUUAAUCAGGCAGUAGUUAACAAGCUGAUCAGUUCAGUGGACUAUCUACGUGAAAGCUUUGUGGGAACACUAGAGAGGUGCCUUCGCAGCCUGGAGAAGUCUCAACAGGAGUCAUCCUCACAUGUUACCAGCAACCACCUAAAGCAGAUAUUAAAUGCAGCUUAUCAUGUGGAAGUCACUUUCAAUUCAGGUUCUACUGUCACCAGAAUGGUGUGGGAGCAAAUUGUGCAGAUCAUCCAGCGCAUCACCUGGGUGAGUCCUCCUACCAUCACCACUGAAUGGAAACGCCGAGUUGCUCAGGAUGCUAUAGAAAGUCUAAGUGCUUCUAAACUUGCCAAGAGCAUCUGCAGCCAGUUUUGCAAACGACUGAAAAGUUCCCAUGAGGCAUUUGCUGCAUCUCUCAAGCAGCUAGAGAUUGGGCACUGUGGUCGACUGGAAAAAACUAAUGAUCUGUGGUUAAGGGUUCGUAAAGAUCAUGCACCACGUCUGGCACGUCUGUCUUUGGAGAGCAGGUCCCUGCAAGAUGUUUUACUUUGCCGUAAACCAAGGAUAGGUCGUGAGUUGGGGAGAGGACAGUAUGGAGUAGUUUACUUGUGUGAUAGCUGGGGUGGGCACUUCCCAUGUGCUCUGAAGUCUGUGGUCCCCCCUGAUGAGAAACACUGGAAUGACUUGGCUUUGGAAUUUCAUUAUAUGAGAUCCUUGCCAAAGCAUGAGCGCCUGGUCGAUUUACAUGGUUCAGUGGUUGAUUACAGUUAUGGUGGAGGCUCCAGCAUUGCUGUCCUGUUAAUCACAGAACGUCUUCACAGAGAUCUCUAUGUAGGCCUUAAGACAGGCCUUACACUUGAGACACGGCUAAAGAUUGCUCUAGAUGUAGAAGGUAUCCGCUUCCUGCACAGUCAAGGACUUGUACACAGGGACAUAAAACUGAAAAAUGUUCUGCUGGACAAGAAACACAGAGCUAAGAUUACGGAUCUUGGAUUUUGCAAACCAGAAGCAAUGAUGUCUAUAUGUAUAUGGAUAUGGCAGUAUGUGGAUAUAGCAGAAUUACCUGUAGGAAUGAGAAGAGAAAAAGGACCCCCUCUCCCCACACCUUUCUGA